CGCCGGGUGUGGCGAGGGCGACGCGCCGAGAGCCGCGGCCUCUCUGACGUCCUUCUGACCGCGCCGGCGGCGCAGCGGGCUCUGUCGGCGGAGCGGCGGUGCGGUCCCUGGACGUGGGGAACGCGCGGUGAGCAGGUGUUGGAGAAUUACAGCUUUCUGUGAAGAUGUCGGUUCUGAUAUCACAGAGCGUGAUAAACUAUGUGGAAGAAGAGAACAUCCCGGCUCUGAAAGCUCUUCUUGAAAAGUGCAAAGACGUGGAUGAGAGAAAUGAGUGUGGCCAGACUCCACUGAUGAUAGCGGCCGAGCAGGGCAACCUGGAGAUAGUGAAGGAAUUGAUUAAGAAUGGAGCCAACUGCAAUCUUGAAGAUUUGGAUAACUGGACAGCGCUUAUAUCUGCUUCAAAAGAAGGCCACGUGCAUGUCGUGGAAGAGCUGCUGAGGUGCGGGGCCGACUUGGAGCACCGUGACAUGGGAGGAUGGACAGCUCUAAUGUGGGCAUGUUACAAAGGCCGAACUGACGUCGUGGAAUUGCUGCUUUCUCAUGGUGCCAAUCCAAGCGUCACUGGUCUGCAGUACAGUGUUUACCCCAUCAUCUGGGCGGCAGGCAGAGGCCACGCGGAUAUAGUGCACCUUUUGCUGCAAAAUGGUGCAAAAGUCAACUGCUCUGAUAAGUAUGGAACGACCCCUUUGGUUUGGGCUGCACGGAAGGGCCAUCUGGAAUGUGUAAAGCACUUAUUGGCCAUGGGAGCGGAUGUUGAUCAGGAGGGGGCUAAUUCAAUGACCGCCCUCAUCGUGGCAGUGAAAGGCGGCUACACGCAGUCAGUGAAAGAAAUUUUGAAGAGGAAUCCAAACGUGAAUUUAACAGAUAAAGACGGCAAUACAGCCUUGAUGAUUGCCUCAAAGGAGGGACAUACAGAGAUUGUCCAGGAUCUGCUGGACGCGGGCACAUAUGUGAACAUACCUGACAGGAGUGGGGACACUGUGCUGAUUGGUGCUGUCAGAGGCGGUCAUGUGGAAAUUGUUCGAGCACUUCUUCAAAAAUAUGCUGAUAUAGACAUUAGAGGACAGGACAACAAAACUGCUUUGUACUGGGCAGUUGAGAAAGGAAAUGCAGCAAUGGUGAGAGACAUCUUGCAGUGCAAUCCCGACACCGAGAUAUGCACAAAGGAUGGUGAGACCCCGCUUAUAAAGGCUACCAAGAUGAGAAACAUUGAAGUGGUGGAGCUGCUGCUGGAUAAGGGAGCCAAGGUCUCAGCCAUAGAUAAGAAAGGAGACACUCCCCUGCAUAUUGCUAUUCGUGGGAGGAGUCGGAAACUGGCAGAACUUCUUUUAAGAAAUCCCAAAGAUGGACGGUUGCUCUAUAGGCCCAACAAAGCAGGGGAGACCCCCUACAACAUUGACUGUAGCCAUCAGAAAAGUAUCUUAACUCAAAUAUUUGGAGCCAGACACUUGUCUCCCACCGAGACAGAUGGCGACAUGCUGGGUUAUGACCUGUACAGCAGCGCCCUGGCUGACAUCCUCAGUGAACCGACCAUGCAGCCGCCCAUCUGUGUGGGCCUGUACGCACAGUGGGGCAGCGGGAAAUCCUUCCUGCUCAAGAAACUAGAAGAUGAAAUGAAGACUUUUGCAGGACAGCAGAUCGAGCCCCUUUUCCAGUUCUCGUGGCUCAUUGUGUUCCUGACCCUGCUGCUUUGUGGGGGGCUUGGGCUGUUGUUCGCUUUCACUGUGGACCCAAAUCUUGGGAUAGCAGUGUCCCUGAGCUUCCUGGCUCUGCUCUACAUCUUUUUUAUUGUCAUUUACUUCGGUGGCCGGAGGGAAGGAGAGAGUUGGAAUUGGGCAUGGGUCCUCAGCACUAGGUUGGCAAGACACAUCGGCUACCUGGAACUCCUUCUCAGACUGAUGUUUGUGAAUCCACCCGAAUUGCCAGAGCAGACCACGAAAGCGUUACCUGUGAGGUUUCUGUUUACAGACUACAACAGGCUGUCCAGUGUAGGCGGAGAGACGUCGAUGGCGGAAAUGAUCGCCACCCUCUCGGAUGCCUGUGAACGGGAGUUUGGCUUCCUGGCAACCAGGCUCUUUCGAGUGUUCAAGACUGAAGACACGCAGGGUAAGAAGAAAUGGAAGAAGACCUGUUGCCUCCCAUCCUUUGUCAUCUUCCUGUUUAUCUUCGGCUGCAUCAUUGCUGGGGUCACCCUCCUGGCUAUAUUCAGAGUUGACCCGAGACACCUGACCGUCAAUGCCGUCCUCAUAGCCAUCGCCUCUGUGGUGGGGCUGGCCUUCCUGCUCAACUGUCGUACGUGGUGGCAGGUUCUGGACUCGCUCCUGAAUUCGCAAAGGAAACGCCUCCAUAAUGCUGCCUCCAAACUGCACAAGCUGAAAAGUGAAGGAUUCAUGAAAGUUCUUAAGUGUGAAGUGGAAUUGAUGGCCAGGAUGGCAAAAACCAUUGACAGCUUCACUCAGAAUCAGACAAGGCUGGUGGUCAUCAUUGAUGGACUGGAUGCCUGUGAGCAGGACCGCGUUCUCCAGAUGCUGGACACGGUCCGGAUUCUCUUUUCUAAAGGCCCGUUCAUCGCCAUUUUUGCAAGUGACCCGCACAUCAUCAUAAAGGCCAUAAACCAGAACCUCAACAGCGUGCUGCGCGACUCAAACAUCAACGGGCACGACUACAUGCGCAACAUCGUCCACUUGCCCGUUUUCCUCAAUAGCCGCGGGCUGAGCAACGCGAGGAAGUUUCUCGUCACUGCAACCACAAAUGGGGACAUCCCCUGCUCGGAUACUGCAGGGAUACAGGAAGAUGCUGACAGAAGAGUGUCACAGAACAGCCUUGGAGAGAUGACAAAACUCGGGAGCAAGACAGCCCUCAACAGACGGGACACGUACCGCCGGAGGCAGAUGCAGCGGACCAUCACCCGGCAGAUGUCCUUUGACCUCACCAAGCUGCUGGUGACGGAGGACUGGUUCAGCGACAUAAGCCCCCAGACCAUGAGGAGAUUACUGAAUAUCGUGUCUGUGACAGGGAGAUUAUUGAGAGCCAAUCAGAUCAGUUUUAACUGGGACAGACUUGCUAGCUGGAUCAACCUGACCGAGCAGUGGCCUUACAGGACGUCCUGGCUUAUAUUAUAUUUGGAAGAGACAGAAGGCAUCCCAGAUCAGAUGACGCUAAAAACCAUCUAUGAAAGAAUAUCAAAGAACAUUCCUACAACUAAAGAUGUUGAGCCGCUGCUUGAAAUAGAUGGAGAUAUACGGAAUUUUGAGGUGUUUCUGUCUUCAAGAACCCCUGUUCUUGUGACUCGAGAUGUGAAGACCUUUUUGCCAUGUACUGUAAACCUCGACCCCAAGCUGCGGGAAAUUAUUGCAGAUGUUCGUGCUGCGAGAGACCAGAUUAAUAUCGGAGGACUCGCAUAUCCCCCACUUCCUUUACACGAUGCCCCUCCCAGGCCGCCUUCUGGCUACAGCCAGCCUCCUUCUGUGUGUUCCUCUUCUACCUCCUUCAAUGGGCCCUUUGCAGGGGGGGUUGUGUCUCCACAGCCCCACAGCAGCUACUACAGUGGCAUGACGGGACCUCAGCAUCCGUUCUAUAACAGGCCAUUCUUUGCCCCAUACCUUUACACGCCAAGGUAUUACCCUGGCAGUUCCCAACAUCUCAUCUCACGUCCAUCAGUAAAAUCGAAUUUGCCCAGAGAUCAGAGCAAUGGCCUAGGGUCAGGCUCAGCCUCGGGACCAGUGAUAUCACUGAAUUCAAUGAACGUGGAUGCGAUAUGUGAGAAGCUGAAGCAGAUCGAAGGACUAGACCAGAGCAUGCUGCCCCAGUACUGUGCCACCAUCAAGAAGGCAAACAUAAACGGUCGUGUGUUAGCUCAGUGCAACAUUGAUGAACUGAAGAAAGAGAUGAACAUGAAUUUUGGAGACUGGCACCUUUUCAGAAGCACAGUGCUCGAAAUGAGAAAUGCAGAAAACCAAGUGGCCCCUGAGGACCCACGUUUGCUCAGUGAGAACAACAGCGGCCCAGCCCCUCAUGGCGAAUCUGCUCGCCAUUCUUCACAUGAGUUGCCGCACACCGAGCUCUCCAGUCAGACUCCCUACACACUGAACUUCAGCUUUGAAGAACUGAACACACUGGGCCUGGAUGAAGGCGCCCCACGUCACAGCAAUCUCAGUUGGCAGUCACAAACUCGCCGAACCCCAAGUCUUUCGAGUCUCAAUUCCCAGGAUUCCAGUAUUGAAAUCUCAAAGCUUACCGACAAGGUGCAGGCUGAGUACAGGGAUGCCUAUCGAGAGUACAUUGCUCAGAUGUCUCAGUUAGAAGGGGGCACGGGCCCCGUGACCAUUAGUGGCAGAUCGUCUCCACAUGGCACAUACUACAUGGGCCAGAGUGCAUCAGGGGGCUCCAUUCAUUCUAACCUAGAACCAGAAAAGGGGAAAGAUAGUGACCCAAAGCCAGACGAGGGAAGGAAGUCAUUUUUAAUGAAGAGGGGAGAUGUCGUAGAUUAUUCAUCAUCAGGGGUUUCCACUAGUGAGGCCUCACCCCUGGAUCCCAUCACUGAAGAAGAUGAAAAGUCUGACCAGUCAGGCAGUAAGCUGCUGCCAGGCAAGAAAUCCUCAGAAAGGUCAAGUCUCUUCCAGACAGAUUUGAAGCUCAAGGGAGGUGGACUGCGCUACCAGAAACUUCCGAGUGAUGAAGACGAAUCUGGGACCGAAGAAUCGGAUAAUACUCCACUGCUCAAAGAUGACAAAGAUAGAAAAGCUGAAGGGAAGGUAGAAAGAGUGUUGAAGUCUCCGGAACACAGUGCUGAGCCCAUCAGAACCUUCAUCAAAGCCAAAGAGUACUUAUCCGAUGCCCUCCUGGACAAGAAGGACUCGUCUGACUCAGGAGUGAGGUCCAACGAAAGUUCUCCCAAUCACUCUCUUCACAAUGAAGCGGCUGACGGGUCCCAGCUUGAGAAGGCAAAUCUCAUCGAACUUGAAGAUGACAGCCACGGCGGGAAACGGGGGAUACCACAUAGCUUGAGCGGCCUGCAAGAUCCAAUUAUAGCCCGCAUGUCCAUCUGCUCCGAAGACAAGAAGAGCCCUUCCGAGUGCAGCUUGAUCGCGAGCAGCCCUGAAGAAAACUGGCCAGCGUGCCAGAAAGCCUACAAUCUGAACCGGACGCCCAGCACCGUGACUCUGAACAACAACAGCGCCCCAGCCAACAGAGCCAAUCAGAAUUUCGACGAAAUGGAGGGAAUUAGGGAGACUUCCCAAGUCAUCCUGAGGCCUGGUUCCAGUUCCAACCCCACUGCGAUUCAGAAUGAAAACCUGAAGAGCAUGACGCACAAGCGAAGCCAGCGUUCCAGCUACACGCGGCUCUCGAAGGAUUCUGCCGAGCUCCACGCAGUCGCCUCUUCUGAUAGCACAGGUUUUGGAGAAGAGAGAGAGAGCAUUCUUUAGGACGUCGAGCAAAAGCAGAAUGGUGUUACUGUGCCAUCGUGAACGCAGUCGACCUGGGUUUUAUAGCAAAUCUGUCCGCAUAUCGUCUCUGUGCAUCUCGCCUCACGCAGUGGAUGCUCGGGAGGCCUCGGGUGAGGAGACACGCAGUGUCCAGUGAGGAGAGGGUGAGAGAGGGCGAGCGGCUGUCACACCUCCUUCUCUGUGAUCAGGAGACUGCACCUCACGACUGCUGCUACCCCUUUCGUCAGGAGAUGGCCCCAUGAAAUUAUUUGAGAUAAGACUUGAGUGUAAAGAUAGGUCUGACGCAUUUCAUUAUAUGUAAAAGGCUUAGUUUGCCAAAGAAAAUGAAAGGCUAGAGAUCCCUUUUGUAGGCCACUCAUUCAUCAGAUAUUUGAGGAACGAUGCAGCAUUAGAUGAACUGGAAGCAUAUUUUGAUUUUAUGGGGUAAAAAGAAAAGAUUUACAGCUUCUGGGGUUGCCCGGAGACUAAAGGUAAAAACUGUAUAAAUUGAAAACCAGUGUCUGUCUAAUAGGCAGACUGAGUACAGACUUUACAUUUUACAUCGAAAAUAGAUAACAAAGAGGGCUUAACCCUUGAUAAAGUGAGUGAACAGUACUCGAGUAGAGCCCCGAUCGCUGGCCACACGGAUUGUGGAGUGUGGCUGCUCUGCGCCCGCAUGCUCUUCUCCCCAGCCCCAGUCCUGGCUUCGGGCACCACCUGCGGCCGAAGGACGGCCCCCCCCACCCCCCACUGGGCCUCCCAGCGGCUGUCAUGUUGAGCCUAGCAAUGAGAGGAAAAACCCAAACUUAUCUUCUGGAAAAUCAAGGUGAUGUGGGUAAUAAAAGACACUAAUAAAUAAGUGAAUGAGGAAAUAAUUACAUCAAAAAGGUCAGUGACAGCUGAGAGAUGACAAAGGAAUCUUUAAUUAGGUGACUCUAAUAAAUCAUUGCCUUCCAUAGCAGGGCAGAGCUUGCUUGCUUUGUUCCUGAAUUGGAUGCUGAGUCUUCCCAUGGUCCUCAUAAGGAGGUACUUCUAAGAGUUUAGAAACAUGUAACAGAAAAGGGUAAAGGAAGAUAAAACCUAUGCGACUUCCCAUUCACGGUCAGCAGAGUUGACGGUCACCUGUAGUGCGUGUGACCAGGACCCACCCUGCUGUCUCGUGUGUGUAGGGUUAGCUACAGAGUACGCUCUCCGCCAGUCAAGGCUGCAGAUGGUAAACCUGCAGAUGUGUAAUUACCUGAAUUUAGUGUUUGCCAUGUGAUGAGUACCACAAUGAAUUUUUAUUAAUUUGCUUAAUAAAUUCUUUACUUGACCAGUCUUGCACUUAACAGUUGGCUCUCAGUUUUAUGGCCUCAGUGGUAGCGUGUAAUGUAGCCGUGUAGAGUGUCCGUCUUGCAUGACUUGAACAAAUGUUUUAACCAAUUAGGAAAAAAGGCAGGAUGUUACCACCAUCAUAUAUUGAAGUGUUAACAUUUUACUCUUUAUAGUGUUCAGCAGUUUGCAAUAUUAUGUAAUUAGUAAUUCAGAGACAAUGUUUUGUUCCUUUUCAGGUGAGUAGAUGCAACUUACUGUUGUAGUACAUUCUUUACACUGUUUGUGAAGUUGAUCCUCGAGUAUAAAGUGUAUUCAUACUCCAUUAAAGUAGUAAGAUAUCGAAAACAAUAAAAAAAUUGCAUGCUAUUUUGACUCAUGAAUUUUUAUUCACUA